AUGAUUGACUGGUUUGACGAACCUAUGCCACAUUACAGAAGUUUUGCUCGAAUGGGAUCAGGCGUUUAUGAUUAUAUGUCCCAUUGGUCGGAAUCUGUAUUCCGCCAAAUGGAAAAAGAAUUCAGUGAAAUAUACGAUUCAUCAUUUAAUCGGAAAGACCGUAAUUCAUUUGCAAAAUUUUCGAAAAAUCCAAAAUUACUAAACAAAGAUGUAGAUCCUUCUCUUGAAGAGGAUGAAAAUAAUGACAAUGAAGAAACACCAUACUAUACAUGCAACUCAUCAAUACAUACAACUUCGGAUGGCUAUCAGCGAAUAUAUCGUGAAGAAUUAGACUCAAAAAGCGGAAUACGGCGAACGAUAGAAACGCGAAGAAUCGGUAAUAAAUCUCUUACUAUUCAAAAAAUCUUCCAAAAAGAUGGAUCAUGUUUCGAACAUGAAAUACGAAAGAAUAUAAAACCAGAUGAGAUCGACCAAUUUAACAAGCAGUGGUCAUUACGUUAUUAG